AUGUCGUUUUUCUUGAAUCUCUACGUCUUCAGAGAGACCAGCCGCCUGAACAAAAACGCUGAACUGUCGGCUCAGAUAGAACACUUUGAACGAAAAUCCAGAGAUGACGAUGAACGGAACAAUGAUGGUCAGAUGACACACGUCGAUCUCUUCUGCGCCAUUAUGGAGCAGAUCGAGGACACGCCUUACGAAACAACUUUCCUACUCUGCCUGCAGGGUAUGCAUUUUUUAGAUCCAAGCAAGCCUACUUCCGAACUGGCCUGGGAUUAUAUAUCAAGAAUCAUCGGCUUGUCGACUACGAUCGAAAAUCACUCUAAAAAAGGUUCUGAAAAGUUACUAGAUGAUGAGAUGAAAGAUUUUGAAAGAGAAAGCUCUAAAAAGUUUUUGAAUGGUACUGGCAACAAAUGGUUCGUCUCGGAGUAUUGUCAAAAUUCUGACUGCGCUUGCUUGUGUCAUAGUUCUUUGAAUGAUUCUCCAUAUUCUUUUAAAGAAAAAGUUAAACAAGCAGUUUCAAACACAAAAGAGGCUUUUUUAAAAUCACCAUCCUCACCUCCACCACCACCACCUCCUCCUCUUCCACCACCUCCACCUCCACCGCCGCCGCCGCCACUAACCUCAUAUUUACAAAUCUCAGAAGAAUUGAAUUUCUCAUCUCAGUCUCCGUGCAGUAGAAGAAGGCAACCACUGACCCCUUUCAACGGUCAGUUUACACAGCAGGAGCUGGAUGUGAGCAGGAAAAAUGCAGAAAUGACCUCAUACGUAGAUCUGUUUAAAAGAAAAAUGCCGGUUCCCACAACUGCAAUGAAGCGUUUACAGUGGUCCAAGAUACCCGCAAACACAAUCAUCGGCAAGAAGAAUAUUUGGACGGACGUGCUGAAAAACUUGAUGGCGGAUGGUCGGGAUGCAGUGGAUUCGCUUGACGCCAACGAACUCACCGCUAUCAGCCACUUCAACCCCAGUGAAGAAAAAUCGGUGCCCUGCUAUAAAAACUUCAACUUUUUGGAAAUCGAAUCGAUGUUCGGUAAAAAAGAUUCCAACUGCGGUGCCGGCCUGGAUGCUGGCGAUGGAAGAUGCAGACCUUCCAAGAAAAAAACCGAUGAGGUAAUUCUAUUAGACAGCAAACGAAGUUUAAACGUGAACAUAUUCCUCCAUCAAAUUCGCAUCCCGCACAAAGAAUUCAUCGAGCAAAUAUCUCAGGGAAGUUGCGGCAGCAUGACAGUAGAAAGACUUAAAAAUUUGUUUAAAAUUUUACCAGAGCAGGAAGAAUUAGAGAUAAUAAAAAACUAUCAGGGCGAUCCGAAUGAAUUAGGGAGAGCCGAACAGUUUUUUCACGAGUUGAUUCGUUAUCCAAGAUUUGGCAAAAGUGUGGAAACGUUGGUGGUUACUGAAGAAUUCAGUCAAACAGUUGACACUCUGAAGUACACGGUGGCAAGCAUGAUCCAGGCUGCAAAAGACAUUAUAGGAAAUGUUUUACUUCGCGAAGUAUUCAAAAUUGUCUUGAUCAUCGGGAAUUUCCUAAACAGAGGCGUAUCAGCAGGCGAUACAGUGGCAUUCAGAUUAUCGUCCCUAUCAAAGUUGUUGGAUGUCAAAUCUAAUCUGCCAGGUAUCAGCCUCAUCAAUUACAUCGCAAAGAAAUCCAUCGAAUGCAAUAGAGAGGUGAGUAAACUGCCCAACCAGUUGAGCUGGAUCAGAGAAGUUGCACAGUAUUCCAUCGAGUCUGUGCUUAGCGAUGCAUCUUCGCUAAACUCGAAAGUUGAAACGGUCAAGAAAAAUAAAGAUUUUUUAUUUCCUGAUUUUGCCGAAAAAAUGGAAACGUUUGUGGAAACGGCAACUGAGGAGUUAACAGCCCUGAAAGAAAAUAUUGCAGAGCUUGAACGAGUUAAAAACGAAUUAGCCGAAUAUUUUUGCGAGGAUGAAAAAUCAUUCAAAAUGGAUGAAUGUAUUGAAAGUAUUGGCGCAUUUGUACUUAAAUUUGAGAAAGCAUUUCAGUUGACCCUGAAAUUGAAUUAUGAACCUUUUUUAAAGGAAAAUUCAGCAAGAAAAAUUUUUCUUCCGCUUCAGAAACAAAAUUCUUUAGAUGAACAGACAAGUUUAUUUAAAAAUCGGCGCUUUUCAGGACAUCAAGACAGUUCAAAGCUUAAUGACUCACAAACUUGUCCUAAUUUAGAAAGUUUGAACAGAAGAUCAACUAUUCAUGCAGAAGAAGUUAACAUUAACAGACCAACAACUCUCAUCUCUUCAAAUCAAACUGGAAAUAAACUUCGAAAAACUAGGCAAUCUCCAGAAAUAGGAAACUCGAAAGAUUUGCUUGAAUUUUUAUCAAACACUGGUUUUCAAGAUAAUCAAGUAAAGAUGCGAAAACAAAAAACUCCAGUUGAUAAUUCAGGCGUCAUUUUUAGCAGGGAACGCAGUACUCCAAGUUUUGAUAAAGACACAUUUUUGGACAAAAAUGAUUGUCAUCGUAGGUCUAUGAUUGAACCGAGAACAUCCAGCAACUAUUUUGAUAGAACAUCCUUGCACGAACACAUUGCUGAUAAAAGAUUAGAAGUUACAAAGAAACAAUUUUCCCAACCAGCCGAAACAAUUAAAAAUAUCGAUUCUCUGUUCAGUAAACUAGUUGAUGAUAGCAUCAAAAAAGAUUUUAAUGGAAAUGUCUCUUUGACUCAAAAAGCUUUCCUGAAGCACGUUUCAACUGAUUGGAACAAAAAUACUCAAAUUGAUGAAAACUCCGGCUGUGAUCCCUUAAAGCAAAAAAUAACUCUGUACAGGGAAAACAACAAUCUCCCCAUGUCAAUGUAUAGCAACGUCAUGAUAGCUUCCGAUUGUGAACAAAAUAUUUUAGAUGUAACUUUGAAAUCUGCAUACAGCAAAAAUGGCCAAAAUGUUGAGCUUAGAAAAUCAACUGAUAUGAGCAUUGGUUCAGGCGUUUGUAGCACAUCCAUAGCGCCAACAAAGCAACAUUUGCUGAAUAAAGAUUACAAGUCAAUGUUAGAGAAUGGAUCUUUUAGUAGUGGUACUGACGAGGGCUUUGAAUCGAUGAGGAAUUCUGUUAAUUGUGAUGAUACGAGUCGAGCCUCACCGUCUUGUGAUCAAGCUAAUAUUUCAGGUCGAAAUAAAACUGCAGGUACAAAUAAAUGCGCAACUGACGAUGGCUUUCCAUACGCUCACAGCAUGGAGAAUCUAAUGAAAGAAAAUGAAAUGAAAAUGUCACAGACAAUUGACAAUACCAUUAUGAGAGGUGCAACAAGCGUUGUUUCGGUCCAAUUAACUGAAACUAAUAACGAUCUGUGCAACGACGCAAAAAACGAAAAUUUUUCUAGUCUUCGUGAAGUUAGCACUCCAAAUAAAUCAAGCACCUCCACGUUGAAAUCAUCUGGUUCAGGAUUUCAUUUCGACGCGUCCAGUUGUCAAUCUGUCUUAUUAAAAGAAGAACAGCCACAAAUUAACGAUAUCAAUCAACGACACCCUACAAAAAUGCUAAAUCAGACCGUUGUUGAAGAAGAACCAAACACCAAAUUAAUAUUCCAACAUCGAGCAAGGCGAACCAGCACGUGCGAUAAUUCUUCUGACAAUCGAAAAAGUAAACCAUUGGUAGAUAUUGGUGAACUGUCUGCCAGGCUUUCCCAGCCAAAAAGACCAGUCAACGUUUCAACCACAGGAAGCAUAACGCCGCACACAAACGUUCUACACAACAACCAGCCAACAUCCAAGUCAUCAAAAGCAGGUGGCCAUUCUAAAAAUCCAAACAUUUCAGUAAACUCAAAAAUGUGUUCUGAAACGUUCGUAAGAGGCUCGCCAUGCAGAACUACUCUUCCAGCAAACGUUUUUAAUACUAAUAAAAAGAGGGCUCUUGCAAAUCAAAACAUUGAAAUUCCGCCAGAACCGCCAAUAAGAACUACCUCGAUUUUACCGUCCAAAUGUGAGAUUUCGGCUCUUAAUUGCUGUAGUGCGGCUGAAUCUGCCCAAAAAUGUUCAUCAAAUUCACAAAAUUUCUCUCAAUUUUAUGAAGACUCAAAAUCAACAGAUUCAAGUAAUUCAUCGGAGAAGAAAGCAUCUAAAACAGCACCUCCCCAAAAAUUAACUACCUCAUCACCAUCUAGAACCAAAAGUCUCUUUAAAAAAUUUAUGAAUUCGAAUUCAACAUCAAAAAACACGAACAACAACAACAAUAAUAAUAGUUCUGCAACACCCGAGGUUAAAAUGGCGAGGCCGGUAAAGCCUGGGACUGCACUUUACAAGCGAUAG